AUGUCCACGCGCCCGCAGCGGCCUCCCGUGUCCCCCGUCGGCUGGACGACACGCUUCGAGUGCGCCACCGACGUCCCGACGCGGGUGCUCGCGGACAUCGAGACCCUGCUCCUCGACGACAACGCGCCCGCGACGUGCAUCGCCGCGUGCGCCGCGGACGGCUUCACGUUCGCCGGGGUCGAGUUCAGCGACGAGUGCCACUGCGGCACGGGCUUCGCCGGCGGGGUCCCGCCCCAGGUCGCGCCGACGUCCAACUGCGACAUGGCUUGUACCGGUGACGCCGAUCAAACUUGCGGAGGAGUCUGGAGCAUCGAGGCGAGUAUGCUUGUGUCGCGUUCGUCUGUGCUGGCGAUUGACGUUCGUUCGUUCGUUAGAUCUUCGAGGCUCCCGGUACCAACUGAAACUGCAAGGCGUCGUUAA